CGUGAAUAAGGUAUUCCCCUAGGCCUAAAAGUAAGAGCAAGAACGAUAUCCACAUUUUCGGUCAUUUCCAGUCUGAUUUUUAAAUGGAUCACAACGGAUUUGGACCAAUAUUCGAGAAGCGAGGGCAAAAAUCCAAAAUACUGGCAGCUGCUUUGCUCGCAGUUUUCUCGCUGGUGAGCGCAUUCAUCGAUGAUGAGUUCGACUUUCUUCUGAUUAUGACAUCGUUCGCUGCGUGUGUUUAUGGUGAACUUCUACGAAGAGUUUGUCUCUUCUUUGAGGAAGUUUACCACAUCAAAACAAGGUAUAAAGACAAUAUGAGAAAAGCAUUUGAGAAAUGCUUUCUUCAACCAUACUGGCAAGUUCUGUUUACCUUAGCAAUAGCAUUUCUCACAAUUUCAACAUUUAUGUUGAGACAGCGCCCCAUGAAUAUCCAGUCAAGGAACAUGAAACUAUUUCUAUUGCAAAUUUGGUUGAUGCCUCUUUUGUCCUAUGCUUUGGGGCUACGAAAGGCAACCCAAGUUGAGGUUUCUGCAAUCAAUGAAGAAGAGACGAAGAAUGUUGCUGUUGGGCUUGCCUGGAGCUUCUAUUUUGGAUACUUGAAACUGAUACUUCCCAGUAUCAAGGAAACUAUUAACCUAACUGAUAACGAAAUUGAUGACAUGGCCUUGCGAGAUCACAUCAAAGACCACAAAGUAUUCAUCAUCAUACCAAAAGAUUGCAACUGUUUUCAAAGUCUUGCUGACUUUGAUCAAAAUAUUCAGUUUGUCUCUCAAACCCAUGAACAGAGAAUAAGCAGGGCUGGUAUUCAGAUGCGAGUUUACAAAAACAGUAUUUACAAAAUCACACUGUCUACAAAACAAACAUUUUACUGUCUCAUGGAAUUUGCUACACCACUUCUCUCCAUGUAUGAAAUGGAAAAAGAGCCAAGAUGUGGGUUUACAACUGCAGACAAAGAAAGCCAAGUAACCUUAUUUUACAAGCAACUUAAGAUGAUUCUAGAGGGGGAUGAAAAGUGCAGAGGCAGAUAUCAUCUUGUACUUCUGUCAAGUGCCAAAGAUGGGCUUGCAGAUGUAAUGGCAAAGGAGAUCAUGCUAUCAAGGAAUAAUACUGAUUGAACUUGGCCUUGCUAAGUUGACAACAUUGCUAAAGCCGACAAAAACGGGCUUUUUGUUGUCAUUUUAGGUUUUAUAGUUGUUUUCUAUUUUACUUAGCUAUAAGAGAAAAUAAGUAUUUACGACAUGUUGAUUAUACUCUUGUUAGUUGGAAAAAACUGCUCUUAAAAAAAUCACAGAGCAACAAUUCAAACUCACAAAGUUGGCAAUUUCUGUGGUGUGUAGCUCCAUUCACCAAAGUUUCUACAGAAAUUAUGGCUCAAUUUUGAAUUACAAUGAAUUAAUAUGAUACAGGACUAUAUUAUUCUGAAAGUCCACAAUACAUUCCAAUACAACUAUUCUAUGAUAUUUGAAGUAUUACCUCAAUUGUCAUAGCUGCAUUCUGAAUUUCUUCAUUUUGUCUCUCCUUCUCUGCAGCAUGCUGUAAAUAGGGGCAUAUCCAGACUAUUGUAAUUGAUGCUUAAACAUAAGUCAGGUUCUGUAGAUUUUAGGAUACUUAGGCCAAGUUUUUUUUCCCAAAAAUCUUAUUAUCUUGAACUAGGACCUUUCCAUGCAUGCUGCUAGCGAUGAAAGGCUCCCCUCUUGACCACCCUCACUUUAGACAUUGACAAAAAACCCCUAAGAGUAUUGGAAUUUUCCUGAGUUUCCAGUCUGCAAAUUCUUUUUGAGCAUCAGUGGUUUUGGCACAAGCACAAGUCAGUUCAAAUCAACAUUCAAGUUGAUCUAUGCUCAAAUAUUGCAAGCCAAUCAAGAACAGUGUUGAUCUAUGCUCAAAUUGCUGUGAAACAACAUGCAUAAAAUGAGGACCAUUUGACAGCAAUUAAUGCAAUG